CCCACUUCAUCGUCUUCCAAGUUCACAGCAGAUUGAAGUCCCCUACCAAACCCAGUUCACACCAGGCGGGAACUGGUGUUCGAUCGUCGUCGCCGGUUUUACGCGCGCGCGCACACAGAGAGAAGAUGAACAAGAAGGAGAUACUGAAGCUAGCGAAGGGAUUCAGAGGGAGGGCGAAGAACUGCAUAAGGAUAGCAAGAGAGAGAGUAGAGAAGGCCCUUCAGUACUCUUACAGAGACCGCCGCAACAAGAAGCGGGACAUGCGCUCCCUCUGGAUCGAGCGCAUCAACGCUGGCACCCGCUUACAUGGCGUUAAAUAUGGCAACUUUAUGCAUGGCUUGACAAAGGAGAAUAUCCAACUUAACAGGAAAGUACUGUCAGAGAUCUCUAUGCACGAGCCACACAGCUUCAAGGCCCUCGUCAACAUUUCCCACAAUGCCUUUCCUGGAAACAAGAAAGUGGUCCCCCCUAAAAAGGAAGGCCUUGCCGUUCUUCUUUAGUUGGCUAUUUAUUUGGGUCACAGGUUCAUGCGUGAUCCGGAUAAAGGCCUGAUGAAGGCAUUGGCAGAAGGGGGGCAAAGACUCUGUAUAUUGAAGGAUAUGUUCAUACCAAAGAUGUGUACUAGUUCCUUCUUCCCAGUUAACAAACAUGUACUUGCUAAAACUUUUGAUUGUCCAAAUUGUUCAGAAAUUUAUUCCUUCGGACGAGUUCUGUUGUAAUGUUUUCUUCUAUAAACCAGGCUGCUGUUGCAGAGUUUUCAAAAUUCGCGGAGCUUCAGAAAUAUGUGUUUUUGUAUGUAUAAGCUCUUGCGAAUGUGCGUCGGUGAGAGAGACGGAUUUCAAAGAGUUGUAAAAGGUUUUGCAUUGCUUCAAAAUGGCCCAAGGAUCAUGUUACCUAUAUCUACAACUCCCCUUUUACUGAA